CGUUCUAACCUAAAAAUUCAGAAGUGAUUAUUUUAAAAGUGAAAACUACAGCUACAUCGACCAAGAGGAUUGCUUAUGGUGUUCUGUGUCCUGGAUAACUAUGGAUGAGCAAAGAAGGCUGUCUGAUUGUGAUUGUAGUAAUGAUAGUGAGGACUUAGGAAAGGAACUCGAGGCUAUUCCGACAGAUGAAAUUACGAGUGGCGGACUGUCCGAUAGUGUGGAUAUGGAGGAUGAGUGUCUCGCUCAGACUCGGCUGACGGAAAAGCGACCUCGGCCGCCGAGUGAUGAAGCUGAUGAUGAGGGAUUCUCGACCGUCCAACGUAAACGCAAUACAAAACGGGUUGCUCGAACGUUGUCCAAGGAUAAUUUUGUUGAGGGAAAUGAGAUCCAAUCCUCAGAGAAAAACGUUGUAGUUGUCCUAACGGCUAAAACUAUAUUGCCGAAGCAAGUAGGUAUGGCGAAAUUCCUAUCCUCAUUAGGUGUUAAAAAUAUUUUGAAAAUUAAGUCGAUGGGUGUGAAUAAAGCUUUCAUAACAUUUGCAAGCCGGACAGAUGCUGAGAAAUUGAUUGGUAGCGAGGAGCUGGUACGACGAGAGUACAGAUGCCAUAUUGAUGAUAUUCGCUAUACAUAUGGUAUUGUGAGGGAAAUAGACGUAGACAUGGAUGAGAAGGAAAUUCUUAACUCUUUCUCAUGUGACUCCCUAGAAAUAGCCUCUGUCCGGAGGUUAAAUCGUCUGAACGAUCUUGGUGAAUGGGUUGUCAGCGAAUCUGUUCGCUUUGCGUUCAAGAGCUCCUCCUUGCCGCCGUAUGUCCAAGCAUACGGGGUUCCGUUCAAGGUCGAGUCAUACACGUUCCCAGUAACUCAAUGCUCGGGUUGCUGGAGUUUUGGCCAUACAUUAAAAUUUUGUCGGACUAAGAAAACCAGAUGUCCAAAGUGCGGUGAUAACCACCAAAACUGUGAUAUCGCUAUCUAUACUUGUGUUAACUGCAAGGGUCCUCAUAUGGCCCUCGAUAAAUGCUGUCCUAUUUUCCUGAAAGAAAAGAAAAUCCGCAGUAUUAUGAGUCAAGAAAAUGUGACCUAUAAGAAAGCCUUGAACUCUUGUAUUCAACUAAACAAGCCGAUGACAGUGACUAAAUAUGUGAACGACUGUGUUGCGGAUCUUCAACAGCAGAACCCGACUUCAGACAUGCCUGUAGUACCGGUACCUCAAAGUCAAACUACGACUUACAGAGAUGCCGUAUUGGCCAAAGUACCUCGAGAAUCAAAUGAGGAUUCCUCUCAGCAGAAGACACGUCCAAAGCGACCUACUCAAGACAAUUCCCAUAAGAAUGCAGGACUUAAAGAACCCAAAGAAAAGAAAAAGCAAAGAGAAGUGGACCAAAGUUCUGAGAGUUCUUCGGAAGUGGAAGAUAAAGUGGGUGGUGAAGAGAAACAGAGGUCCUUGAAUGAAGAAAGAUACUCCUGGAUUUGCCUGAUGUUAAAAAAAAUUAAAGACUUAUUGCUAUCCAAAUCAUCUCUACAGGAGAAAAUCAUUGGUGUCUUCAUGGUAGUUGUGGAGAAGUUUUCUAAAUUUAUAACAAGUAUUUUUGCUAAAGGUGAGGUGACUGAUUUUUUCUUAUCUUUAUUCCGUAAUGGCUAAAGC